GAAGCAUGUCGAAUAUUGUAUAUAACUCACGUACGCUUUAGUAAAGUAUGUAUUUGAUCUCUUUUUCCUUCCUUCUUUUCUUUGUGAACAAAGUAAAACCAACAAAAGAAGAAGAGCGAGUCAAAUAAAGAAAGCAGGGAAAACCGGCUUAAGAUACGUUACUCUAAUCACUCUCCUUCCUUCACCCAAAAAAAAAAAAAAGAAAAGAAAGAAAGAACAAUGUGGCCACAAGCUAUCCUUACCUUAGUAAGUAAGUCAAACACACCCAGAAGAAAGGCAAUACAAUAACCAAAUAUUUAUAACAAAUGUAGUCUCAUAAAUCUCUUUUAAUCCCCCAAAAAGAUAUGUGAAAAUAAACUAGUAACAUGAUUUUCGAUCAUCAUGACAAAACCAAGAAUACUCGGAGUUCUGUUUCAGCUCCUCUUAACGGCCGUGAUUUCUCCGGUUUUGUCGGUUCACAGUUUACCGGACGGUGGAGAUCAUGACCGGUUUAAGAGACGCGACCCUCUUAACAGCUUUAGGUAUUACAACGGAAGUUUCAACGUUCAAGACAAACAUUAUUGGGCAGCUACGUUUUUUACCGGAAUCCACGGUUACGCCGUCGCCGGAGUGUUUCUUAUUGCCGGCGUAUGCUUCGGUCUUUACGUAGCUUUCUUCAACAAAAGAAGACGUGUUUCUUCCACGCAACGUCGAUAUCUUGACCGUUACUAUCUUCCUCUCUUCUUACUUCUUCUUCUCUUCAUGUCUCUCUCAGUGGCAACGACAGGGAUAGUGAUAGCAGCCAACCAAAGCUCGAAGUCCAGAACAGAGGAGAUGAAAGAAACCAUAGACAAAACAGGAGAAGAUGUAGACAGAAACAUACGUACCGUGAUAACGUCGCUGACGAGGAUACAGUACCUGUUGCUUCCCUACGAUCAGACAACGACUCAUCUUCUCAAUGUCACUAGUCAUCGACUCAAAAAAGGAUCUCAGAUGAUUCAAAGCUUUGUUCACCAUAACGGUCCUACCAUUGAUCUCGCCAUCCAAAUCUCGUAUGUAACUCAUCUUGUGAUUGCAUCGACCAACUUAUUCGUUCUCCUUCUAGCCCUCGUUCCUAUCUUGCUUCAUUGGCACCCUGGAUUCAUCAUGGUGAUAUUCUUGUGUUGGAUAUUAACAACUCUUUCUUGGGCUCUAACUGGUUUCGAUUUCUUCCUUCACACAUUCGCAGAAGACGUUUGCUCAGCGUUCAGUGGCUUUGUACAAGACCCACAAAACAGUACACUGACAAAUAUUUUUCCUUGCAUGGAUCCUCUUCAUUCUGACAAAACCCUAAUGGAAGUCAGCUUAAUGAUCCGUAACUUCAUCACCGAGUUAAACUCAAAAGUAGCAAGUUCAAUGCGGUCUUAUAAUGCCUUGACUGACCGGAGUAGAACUGUAUCAUCGUCGGCGCCGGAGUCUGGACUGAUAUGUGAUCCGUUUUUAGGACAACAGAUCAACAGCUACACACCACAAAGCUGCUCCAACGGUGCCAUUCCAAUCGGCCAAUUCCCAAAUGUUCUUUCAAGAUUCACAUGCCACGACAAAGAUCCACCGGAAACCUGCAGAAUCACCGGCAAAUUCAUCCCGGAAGCAGCUUACCUAAAGGUGUAUGCUUACAGCAACUCAGCUCAGGGGAUGCUGGACAUAUUUCCUUCUCUUCAAAAUCUAAUGCAAUGCCUUCACGUGAAAGACACGUUAUCGAGCAUCGUCUCUAACCAGUGUAAACCCUUUAGGGCUUCAAUGUAUCGGCUCUGGGCGUGCAUGAUUGCUCUCUCUCUUAUCAUGAAGGUUACGGUUCUGCUCUUCCUCGCUAGAGCUUACCAAGAGAGAGGAAAGAGCUUUGCUUGGUUUUCGAUUCAUCCAACUUCCGAAGAAGAAGUAAGACAAGUGAAUAUAUAGUGGUGAAUGUGUGUAUGUAUAUCAUUAUAGAUUUUGUUUUGUAUUUACAUUUUUUUUUCUGGUUGAAACAUACAAUAUUUUUAAGAAAUGUAAAUAUGACAUUGUAUCAAACAUUUGUAAUAAGUAUGACUCAACAAGUAUUUGUCUACGUA